AUGAAAGCUAAGCUCGCCUGGCUGCUUAGUUUGGAGAAAAGUCUCUUUGCCACUCCAGCAUAUUCACUGCCCCAGUACCCUGCACACUGGGCCCUGCCGUCUCAGACGUCGGACGGUAUGGCGACCGACGCUGACCUGCAUGCCCUUCUCGGAGCUGCAGAGCGUAUCAAAUUUCACGUGAUUGCUCUGCAGGAGACCAAGUGCAGAAGGAGCGACGUACGACAGAAUGUUCCGUCGCGAAAUGUAGACGGUGUUGUACACCCAUCUGUCGUCCAUCUCGUCGAUUCUCACGAGAUCCUGUCACCUCGUCUAACCAUUCUUCGCCUCCGCCCUCUGCGCCAAAAAUCCAUCAGUAUCAUCAACUGCUACUCACCAACAUCAGCAGCUGAUGAAUCCGAAUUGGACGCGUUUUACGAGGAGCUGGAGGAAGUAGUCAGCAACGAGGAGUCCUUCUACAAAUUCGUUGUCGGAGACUUCAACGCAAAACUAGGAAAGACCACAGAAGAGGAAUACAGGAUUGGAAGAUUUGGACCAGGGGACUGGAAUGAAAAUGGCAAUCGUCUUGCCGGGCUGUUGUCCGCCGCUCGCCUCUUUCAUGGGAACUCUCUUUUCAUGAAAAAAGAUCAUCGUUGGUGGACAUGGGAAUCGCCCAAUGGCGCGACUCGUGCGGAGAUCGACCACAUACUCACCUAUCGGAGGUGGUGUCUACUUGACGUCUCAGUAGUACCAUCCCUUUGUGGUGUUUCUGAUCACCGUCUCCUUCGUGCGAAAAUACGACUUAGCCACACGAUGGAAAAGAACAUCUGCUAUCGGCAACGAAGGAGAAAAAAAGUCGUCUACGACGAUUGCGUACUCGAGGACUCCUUGUUCCAAGGUGACUGGCAUAUCGAGGAGGACCCAAACGUGGACUACGAGAUGCUACUCAGAGGAUUACGAGCCUGUACUGAACGCGCCUCGAAGCCGCACACGACAAACUUGGAUCGAAUUUUGAAGAUCAACAAAGAAUUGUUGGAAAGAAGAAAGGCUUUGAGGCUUGAUCCGAAUGCAUCGCACAUUGAGCGGUUAGUAGCAAACACUAGCUGCAGAAAGGUGUUGCAGGAGGAUCUUUUGAAACACAGGCAGAAGAAGAUUCUAGAAGCAGCACAAAGAAGAACGAGUCUAAAGAAGUGCCGCAGGGAUCUCCGCGAAUAUAAUAUUGUAGCAACCUUGCUGGCGAAGAGGGACUCACGUCUUCUCGUCCCCAUCAUCCCCACUGGCGAAGCUCCACCACGGUUCUCCCUUAGAAGUACGAGUCGCUAUCGGAUGAACCUGGCACGCCCCGACACCUGGUCUUUUGCGUUUGUGGUGGCCAUCGCUUCAUGUAAUCCUAAAGCGCACAUGACAUCCUACCUUCAGAAAGAAAGGAUCCCAGACCAAUGGAAGACCUCGCAAACCUUCCUUAUCCAUAAGAAAGGUGACCGAGAGAACCUUCGGAACUACCGUCCGAUAUGCUUGCUGAGCGUGUUAUACAAAGUAUUUGCCAAGAUCAUCCUCACGCGCAUAUCUAGGACGCUGGAUGAAGUCCAGCCUCAAGAACAAGCUGGAUUCCGCCAAGGGUUCAGCUGCUUGGACCACAUCCAGACCGUGUCGAGGGUCAUAGAGGUUUGCCGGGAAUACCGCCUGCCCUUUGUUCUAACCUUCGUCGACUAUGAGAAAGCCUUUGAGAGCGUAGAAACGAAUGCAAUACUGUCAGCGCUGGUCGAUCAAGGUGUGGACGCGUCGCAUGUGAGGACAUUAGCCAAUUGCUACGAUCGAUGCACGACUAGGAUACCGCUUUUCCACCGCCCUCUCACCAUACCCAUUGGAAAGGGGGACAUCGUUCUCUUUUCGAGCAGUACCAAUGAAGCAGAAACUAUGCUCAACGAAUUGAACGAAGCAGGGAAGAGAAUAGGACUACGAAUAAACAGAAAGAAGACACAGUUUAUGAAGAACGCCUACUGCGAGAACGGAGGAGUACAAUUUGAAUGCUCCCAAAUCGUGGAAACUCCGUCAUACGUAUACUUCGGACGUUCUAUGAACAUGAAAAACGACUUGAAGGAAGAACUGAAUAGAAGAAUGAGAGCAGCAUGUGCAGCAUUCGCAGCCGUCAGGGAAGCUACGGACCAACUGACGGACCAAGGAGCAGAGCGUACUCCAGUUACCUCUGUUCUUCUCAGUCCUGGCUCUUCUCUCAUUUUACUGUCCGUUGCAGUUCAAACACCAACCGUAUAUACAACACCAUUUGAGGGGGUAACUGGAGUAAGACAAGGGGCAGUGGCAGGACCCUUCCUUUUCAACUUCGCUAUAGACGACAUCAUGCGAAGAACAGUCGAUCAGUGUCCUGCCGACAUCGUCUUAGCACCAUCAGGGUGCCCUUUGACCGAUCUCGACUACGCUGACAAUGUUGUUAUAUUCGCGUGA